AUGCGAUGCGGUGCUGGGAGGGUGGUUGUCAGUGGAUCGGGUGAGGCUCCGCGUCUUCGCGUCAAAAACCUCAACCUCUCCCCAUCGCCUCCUCAAAACACCGUCAGGAUACCACCAUCUGCAACAGCUUACAAUUGGAUAAUACUACACCCUGCUACAGACUUUAUUGAAAAAAUCUUAAACUGCCACUCUAACGGCCUUGAAUGUGGAUCCGUCGAAAGAAUGCCGGAUAUCACCAUCUCGGACAUUCAUUCCUUGAACCAAAAGGAAGCAUUCGAGAUUCUCGCACAGAUUGCACGCGUCGAGAAGAAGACGUUCCCCAGCAAUGAAACCUUUUUUUUUGGCCAAGAGCUGUGGCGAAAGAAGCCCAAUACGCGAGUCUUGUAUGCCACCAGUGCCCCGGCCCCAGGUGCCCGUCCUGUUCUAAUAGCGUAUGCUGUCUAUGUCCGGCAGAAGGGAGCAGCCCUGCUACAUAAGGUGUGCGUGAUAGAGGCACUUCGUCGACAGGGUGUCGGGCAGACAUUGAUGGAGUAUAUGCAGCAACGUCUACAAAAAGAAGGGUGCCAGUAUAUCCAGUUAUGGGUGGAUAAGGCCAGGGAGCCCGCGCGGGCGUUGUAUACUCGCACCGGGUUCAGAGCACGGGAGGAAAUCGCGGAUUACUAUGCCCCUGGACGUACUGGCAUCAGGAUGGUACUCGAUCUUGAAUGUGAUGUUUGA